UACAAACAAGUUGCUUUUAUUUUUACUUAAAACAAUUACUUUUACUUUUACACUUGUUGUGUGCGCACGUGCGCGGUCAUUCUUUUCUGUUUACAACUGCAUGCCGCAAGAGCUUUAGCACAACUGUUAUACUCUCUGCUGCGCAAAAGUUUUGCGGUACAGCAACAGUUACAAAUACUAAGAGCAUGAAGGAAAAGGAGACUAUAGCUGAGGGAGGAGAGCAGGGGCUGCCGGAAUCGCUGCUGAAAAUAGCAAAGCGUGAACUUCGCGAAGACAAGUGUACGCGGGAACAGAGUCUGGACCAGUUGCGUGCCUGGGUGCAAAAGAACGAGGAUCUGCAAAAUGUGCGCUGCGAUGAUACGUUCCUGCUGCGCUUCCUGCGCGCCAAGAAGUUUAGCGUGCCAAUGGCAGAGCAGACGCUGCUUAAGUAUCUGAAUAUAAGGCGCACAUUUCCACACAUGUCCACCAAACUAGAUUUUUUGGAGCCGCGCCUAGGAGACCUAAUCGACCAGGGCUAUAUAUUUGCGGCGCCACGGCGCGACAGACACGGCCGUCGGGUGGUAAUCAUCAAUGCCAAAGGCUUGAAUCCAAAGGUGCACACUAGCUGUGAUCAGGCAAAAGCGCAUUUUCUCACCUACGAGUGUCUGAUGGAGGAGCAGGAGACGCAGAUUACCGGCCUAAGUCAUGUGGGUGACUUUGCGGGUGUGACCACCGCCCACGUGACGAAUUGGAAUCCCACAGAGUUUGCCCGAAUCUUCAAAUGGGGCGAGCAAUCGUUGCCAUUGCGCCACAAGGAGAUUCAUCUAAUCAACGUUCCCUCCACGCUCAAGUGGUUGAUUGACUUUGUCAAAAAUCGCGUCAGCUCCAAGAUGAAAAACCGCCUCAUUAUCUAUGGCAGCGAGAAGGAAUUGCUGAAGGCCAUGGACGCCGACUGCUUGCCAGAAGAGAUGGGCGGUCAUAUGCCCAUGCGCGAGAUGAUUGAGCUAUGGAAGCAGGAGCUUGCACGCAAGCGCGAGCUCAUACUCGGCUUGGAUCAGAGCAUGCUGCUCUCGGAUCGAGGCAUACAGCGGCGCAGCAGCUAUAACUCCGAGAAGAGCAGCGCCGGCACCAAUUUUGUCUCACAAAUCGAAUCCAUUGAGGGCAGCUUUCGCAAGCUCGAGUUUGAUUAGCAGACAUAUAUUUCUAUAAGU